AUGGCAGAACCAGCAGGUACAAUGCAAUCUGCUCCACAACCCGUUGUGGGGCUUCCCUAUUGUUGCCCUAACCCGGUGGAUGUGGCCAUUGUGAGGAAGGUGAUGACCCUAAGCGAUGGCAACCCCGUGGUCACCGACAACAAUGGCAACCUCAUUUUCAAAGUGAAGGGAGCUUUACUCACCCUACAUGACCGUAAGGUCUUGAGCGAUGCCUCCGGGCAGCCGAUCCUCACUUUCAGGAAAAAGAUAAUAACUGCUCAUAGUCGAUGGCAAGCAUUCAGAGGGGAGAGCUCGGACAUGAGAGACCUCGUUUUCACGGCCAAAACGAGUUCAGUGAUCCGACUCAAGACCCAGUUAGACGUUUUUCUAGCAAAUAACAGGAAUGAGGAUGUCAGCGACUUCAAGGUCAAGUGUAGCUGGUUUGAUCGGUCUUGUGUCAUCUACGCUGGAGGAUCUUCUAAUAUUGUCGCCCAGAUGCAUAAGAAGACGAGCAUUCAAAGUUUGUUGCUGGGAAAGGACAAGUUUAUGGUCACGAUCUACCCAAACAUUGACUAUGCAUUCAUCGUCGCGCUCAUCGUGAUCCUCGAAGAAAUAAAGCCCUUGAUUGGAAGAGUUUAUGCGCUUAUGUAA